AUGGGUAUCGUGCAGUUACCAGAAAUUCGUUUGUACUGGUCUAAAAACGGCAUGUACGCAAACACUAGAAUAAAAAAUGCAAUGAAACGUGAUCGUCGUGAAAGCGACACAAAUAUGGCAUUCAAGAAACCGAGACUCGAGAUCGCUCGAGAUUCACCUACAACUUCAGGUAAAAAUAACUGCUUCGCCGAUGCUUCUGCUUCUGCAGAUGCAUUGCGAUGUAGGGCAUUAUCAAUUGAUGAGGAAACUCCAACACUUUCGGAACCAAUGUUUGCUGCGGAUAUUGGUUGUUAUAUAGGAAAAAUCGUUAGCGAUUCGAUGAAAGCUGUGUUGCUUGAAAAACAUUGGCAGCCUCCCUCUAAUUAUACUUUUCCGCAUUGUAUUGUAAAUAAAAAGAGAAAACAGACAAAAAAAUAUGCACAAAAAUCUCACCUCGAAAAAUUUCAAUGGCUGGUUUUGUCGCAUAAAGACCAGGGUCUUUAUUGCAAGUAUUGUGCUUUGUUUGUUGUAGCUUCUGGAGGUGGUGUUCAGACAGAAACACCUUUGCGGCGAUUUGUAAGGGAACCAAUGAAAGCUUUUGAUGAUUUGCUAGAACGAUUAAGGCCAAUUAUAAAAACAAUAUUUUGUGGCCAUCAAAAUAUUUCAUUGCGUGGUCAUCGCGACGAUGGUAAAUUGAAAUAUAAUAUAGUAUCCGAUGAAGGAAAUUUUAGGGCUCUUUUAAAGUUCCGUGUUGAUUCGGGUGAUACUGCAUUGCAGCAUCACUUGGAAUCUUCAAGUGCCAACGCCACAUACAUCAGCAAAACUGUACAAAAUGAGCUAAUAGAUGUGUGUGCAGAAGUCAUCCAAGAAACAAUUUUAAAGAAUGUGCGGGAAGCCAGAUUUUUUUCAAUUUUGUUUGACGAAACCACUGAUAUAUCGCAUAUCUCACAGCUGAGCCUCUCAUUACGUUAUUUUCAUAAUGCUAUUAUUAAGGAACAUUUUGUGACUUUUUGCGAUACAUAUGAUGCUCUUAAAUCUGAGGACAAUAAUUUAGGUGACAUAGAGCCUAGAUUGACAGGUAAAUCAUUGGCAAAAAUUGUUCAAAAUUUGUGUACCAAAUACAAUUUAGAUUUAUCUUGUUGUGUGGGUAUUGGAACUGACAGCUGCUCGGUUAUGGCAUCAAAUACAAAAGGUGCAGUGCAGGAGUUAAUGAAAAUUGCCAUCCAUGCUAAACGUUGCCCAUGCAACAACCAUGUUCUCAAUAAUGCAUUAGCAAAAUCAUCAAAAUUAGUUUCUUGCCGCAAUACAUCUGGCAUAAUGAAAAAAGUUGUGGCAUUUGCCAAUGCAUCUGCUAAGAGGCAUGCAAUUUUUAAGUUAGAACUUGGAGCUGCCAUGCAAGGUAUUUGUGAAACACGCUGGGUAGAAAGGCAUGAUGGGCAUCUUCAGUUUCAAGGGGACAACUUAAUCAAAAUUUGUAGCGCUCUGGAGAAGAUUUCUGCUUGGCAAGAUAAUAAAACUGCCAAUGAUGCACAUUGCUUGCUGCAAACAUUACGCAGUUCUGACUUUAUAAUAUCUUCCAUCUGCUUAAGUGAUGUAUUAGGUACUACUGUAUCUUUAAGCAGAAUUCUGCAAUCGAGCUCGAUUGAUUUGAAAAAAGCUACAGAUGCUUUUAAUGACACAUUAAGGGUUCUGAGAAAUAGAAGAGAAAAUGUGGACGAAAUCUUCCAACAGCUGUUUGAAGAAGCUAAAGAAGUAGCUGAGCAGUUAGAUAUAGAUAUUAAAUGUCCGAGAUUAGUAUCAAAACAGAUACAUAGAGCCAAUAAUCAAUCUGCUCAGUCUGCUGAAGAUUAUUUCCGCCGAGCUGUUUAUAUUCCUCUUUUAGAUUCAAUAAUCAGCGAUCUCCAGGACCGCUUGUCUCCUGAUGUACUUAAUUUAUUUAAGCUGAAUGUUUUUAUGCCAAAAACCGAACAUAACAAUAAAGACAUUGAAGCUGUAAGACAACUAGCUAACGACUAUAAACUGUUACUAGAUAACACUCCAGUGUCUAUUAUUGUAAAUGAAUAUAGGCUGUGGAUGGUGAAGUGGCAGUCCUGGCAGCAAACUCAGGAUACACCGCACUCAAUAUCUGAGGUUAUUACAAAUUGUGACAUUGAUAUGUAUCCUAACAUAAGAAAAUUCUUACAAAUAAUAGCUACACUACCUGUCAGUGUGGCUACAGCAGAAAGGUCUUUCUCUACGUUGCGUAGAAUAAAAACAUGGAUAAGAUCUUCAAUGGCGGAAGAUCGUUUGACAGGACUGGCACUUCUCCAUGUACAUAAAAAUAUAGCGAUUGACAUCGAUGAUGUUUCUUAA